AUGCAAAUCACAGCUCUUCUCUCUACAGCCCUUCUCCUCACUGGUGUUCUUGCUCAGGACGGCAGCAACACCGGCUCCGCAGACACGGACGCCUCAGCAGACACGGACGCCACGGAUACAGUCACCCCAUCGCACAACGACCAGCUGAGCAACUGCUACGACAACUCGUGCUCGAAUUUCCGUCAAUCAGACCUCGAUUGCCACGACAGCGCGAAUGGCAACACUACCGAAUACUACUCGUGUGUGUAUCCCGAAAUGGUGCACACACUCAACAGCAACGACGAAUGUGUCGACUGUUUGAGCAACGGCGGUUUCAACCUUUCGGCCCAAGCGCAAGUCUACGGUAAAGCUUUCGCCAACUUCAGCCCAUCGCAGGCUAGCUCGUUCAGCGAGAACUACACUCCAUCUUCUUCGUCAACUGCCUCGCCUAGCCCUACUAACCCUAACAAUAAUAACGAUGGCGACGGCGACAACACCGACGACGACGAUAGCUCAGCUACUCACACCGGCGUCGCUACUGCUGCCGCUGCUCUCCUCCUCACUGCCGUCGGAUGCCUCAUCUAG